AGGGACCGGGGCUCAAGCCGAGCAAAGUCAGCAUGGCCGUGCCAUGGUGGGUGUCUGUAGCAGCUGCAUGUUUGCUGACGAAUGUAGCGGAGGAGCGCGGACGCUCAACGCAGAGCGAGGGCCGGCGCUUGGGUGAGUUCAUGCAUGUGCCCCAGCCGCCGAUGCACAUCCUGCACGAGAACAAGACCACCUUGCUGGAGUUCGAGAUCCCCUGCUACCUGAUGAUCCAUCCCUGUGGCGAGGUGCGGAUCCCGCCGGAAGGGCUCAACUUCAGCUUUCCCUUCGGGAGUUGGUACGCCAUGGGCUCUGACAGCGUGGUGUCCACCAUCAGGCAGACGGAGCAUGCGUUUAGCCAGUACACCUUGUACUUCGCCCUUGCCACCGCGGCGGUGUUUCUCUACCAGGACAUUCGCAGCGGCAUGCAGGAGCGACCAGGCGUUGAGGAGGCCAAGGCGAAGAAGCAGCUAGGCCCCAGAAGCCGAAGUGAUCUGAAGCUCAAGUACGGCCUGGUCGAGCUGUCCGAUUCAGAGGACGAGGAGCACAUCGCCGAGGAGAGAACAUCACGCUUGGACAUAAAUGCGGCGGAUUAUCUCGCGAAGGGUAACAUCUAUCGUGUGCUGGCAGCCCUUCAUCCUAUCCCCUUGGUCAGAACGAAUUUUACGACCACGCCGAAGUCGUUGAUGAGCACGAGCAGAUGGACUGGCUUGGUGGGCAAGUCCAUUAUUUGUGCCUUUAUGCAGCUGUAUUUGCCGUGGAGGAUCCUUUGUGGAGUCUAUGCAGAAUGGCAGUGGGACGGAACAAAGUCUCCGCUCUGGUUCAUGGCGAACGCCUACCUCUUUACAACGAUGUUUGCUUCGCUGGCAUCGCUGUGCAACAUCUUCAGAUGCAAGGCGGAAAAACAAGUGGUGGAGGAUUCGGAGGCGAACUACUUCCUGCUCGUCCACAGGCGGCCCUUCACAGAGAGGGAGCGAAUUGUCAUCGAGCGUUUCCAGAGAGACCAUCCCACUGCCUUGGAAUUGGACCG